AGAGGGAAGUCCUUUAUGGUGAACCAAACGCAGCCUUAGCUUUGCCAUUUGCACAUUCGGUUCUCCCUUGAGAGUCUCAGAAGGAGAAGAGAGAAUGUGUUGUUUAUUUUGUUGAGCGUGAUCCUGUAAGAGAGAGAAGAGAAGAGAAGGAGAUGAGAGUUUAUUACAUAUAAUAUAUUUCUUAGCUGUUACUCUUUCUAACUGGCACUUAAGUUUUAAUCCGUAAUACUCUCACAAAUCUCCUCAACCCACGUCCUCAUUCCUCCAUUAACGCUCACUUAAAUCUCUCUCUCUCAUUUAUAGCUAUGUAAAUAUACACAGUCCCCACUCCUUAAAGUCUCUCUGUUUCUCUUCUCUCGCUAUGCUGGGAUCUCAAUUUGAAACUGCACUUUGAAGCUGAAAGGAGCUUACCCUUCUCGCAACUCUUUCCAAUAUUGGAGCUUGGGAGUUCGGGAUGUUGACGUGUAUUGCCUGUUCAAAGCAGCUCAAUAAUGGAUCUAUGCACCAAAGAGAGAGGGAAGAUGAUGAUGUUAUGGAGACUCCCAGGACUAAGCAGGCCAUCAAGGCCAUUACUGCUCAGAUAAAGGACAUGGCACUAAAGGCAUCAGGAGCAUAUAGAAACUGCAAGCCUUGUUCUGGACCGUCAAACAAUAACCACAAUGGGAGUUAUGCUGAUUCUGAUGCUGCAUCGGAGUCAGCAAGGUUUCACUGCGCAUAUCGUAGGACAGGGAGCUCUAAUUCAACCCCAAGAAUCUGGGGGAAAGAGAUGGAGGCAAGACUGAAAGGGCUGUCAAGUGGUGAAGGAACACCUGCGUCAGUGAGUGGGAGAACGGAGUCUGUGGUGUUUAUGGAGGAAGAUGAACCCAAGGAAUGGGUUGCACAAGUAGAACCUGGUGUGCUGAUCACCUUUGUUUCUUUGCCUCAGGGUGGCAAUGAUCUCAAACGGAUUCGAUUCAGCCGUGAAAUGUUCAACAAAUGGCAAGCUCAAAGAUGGUGGGCAGAGAACUAUGACAAGGUUAUGGAACUAUAUAAUGUUCGACGGUUCAAUCAGCAAGCAGUCCCACUUCCUACUCCACCACGAUCUGAAGACGAGAGCUCAAAGCCCGAGUCGGCCAAGGACAGCCCUGUGACUCCACCACUAGGCAAAGAACGCCCUCGCAAUUUCUACCGGCCUACAGGAAAGGGAUAUUCUUCAUCAGAUUCACUUGACCACCAUCCAAUGCAGUCCCGCAAAUAUUGUGACUCUGCAGUUCUUGCUUCUACUCCAAAGCUUUCAAGCAUCAGUGGGGCCAAGACAGAGGCAUCAUCAGUAGGGGGUUCUGCUAGGACUAGCUCAUCAAGAGAGGUAGAUCACUCAGGAGAGCUUUCUAUCAGUAAUGCAAGUGACAUGGAGACUGAAUGGGUUGAGCAGGAUGAACCAGGAGUGUACAUCACAAUUAGAGCAUUGCCAGGUGGCACACGAGAACUUAGACGUGUCAGAUUCAGCCGGGAAAGGUUUGGCGAAAUGCAUGCAAGGUUGUGGUGGGAAGAGAAUCGAGCCAGGAUACAAGAACAGUAUUUAUAAUUUUAGCAAACUGAUGGGAUUGGUGUUCAGAAAUUGUGUUGAGUCCUUACAACUGAUAUAGUUCAAUAUGGAGAAUGGAGACCUUACUGGCAAAGCUAGUCUCGGACUGCACAUGGGGACUCUUAGUCUAGUUAAAGUAUAUCUUCCUUGAUUCUUUUCUCGUUGGUUAUAUUUCCUUUAAACUUGAGGUGGA